UCGAAAUCCAAAAGACACAAAAGAAUCGAAACGACAGUGGCCAGUGCGAGAAAAAUGCAAACAAAAAACUUUUGCUGAAAAUUUUGCAAUUUUUCUCUGGUAUUUUGGGAACAUUUUGCAACGCAAAUUGGCGUAAAUAGUGCUUUAGGUUUUGAUCAACAUAAUAGUUCAGGUAUUUCGACUGAGAUUGCACACUGAAAAGGAAGAAAAGAACAUCGCACUCUACUCCUCCGGGUCGACGGCCCCCUUCUCGUCGCUCCUCGCUCCUGGCAGCUGCAGUGGAUAGGCUCGGGGCACUGUGGACGGGCUACAUUGUUCAGAUCGGCAGUUGGAUCAAACGAUUGGUGAUGGAACUGCAACAGCAGCGCAAGCAAAAUUCGACCACAUCGUCCUCUUCCGGAACGUCCCCCGGGGGGAGCAACACAGCAGGCGGCGGCCCCAGCGGUGGUGGCGGUGGCCCAGGCAACAGCAACAAUAACUACGACAGUUCCCAUAGCAGCAGCAACACCGAGGACUACACAGAGACUGACGAUCGGCGCCGUCGGAUCAUGAAGAACCGUGCAAGAAAUCACCGCUUGAUGCAGGCACACCACCAGCAACAGAGUACGGUAGCACUAUCGAAGGCAUCGUCUGCCCUGAAGAAGCCACUGGACGCCGAAGACCGCAUCACACUGAUCGUUGACAACACAACGUUCUCGAUCAACCCGUCACUGUUCACGGCACAUCCGAACACCAUGCUCGGACGCAUGUUCAGCUCCGGUAUGGAGUUCACGCAUCCGAACGAUCGCGGCGAGUACGAAGUGGCCGACGGAAUUUCCCACACGGUUUUCCGGGCCAUACUGGAAUACUACCGGAACGGUGUGAUCCGGUGUCCACCGACCGUGUCCGUGCAGGAACUGCGCGAAGCCUGCGACUAUCUGCUGAUACCGUUCACGGCCGAUACCAUCCGGUGUCAGAAUCUGCGCGGGCUGCUGCACGAGCUGAGCAACGAGGGAGCCCGCGAGCAGUUCGAAGUGUUCCUCGAAUCGUUGAUUCUGCCGCUCAUGGUGGCUUCGGCGGAACGUGGCGACCGGGAGUGUCACGUGGUGGUCCUUUCCGAUGACGAUGUCGUCGAUUGGGACGAAGAAUAUCCUCCUCAGAUGGGCGAAGAGUACUGUCAGACCGUGUCCAGCACAGCGAUGUAUCGUUUCUUCAAAUACAUCGAAAACCGCGACGUGGCCAAGCAGGUGUUGAAGGACCGAGGCUUGAAGAAGAUUCGCCUUGGCAUCGAGGGGUAUCCAACGUACAAGGAGAAAAUCAAGAAACGUGCGAGCGGUCGGGUCGAGGUGAUCUACAACUAUCUGCAGCGUCCGUUCAUUCACAUGUCCUGGGAGAAGGAGGAAGCCAAGAGUCGCCACGUGGACUUCCAGUGUGUGAAAUCCAAGUCGGUGACGAAUUUGGCCGAGGCAACGGCCGAUCCUGCGCUUGAAUUGGACUCAGCUGGAAAUCCCCUACCGCAGCGCCAUUUCGACAUUUCAAACGAACCGGACGUGGAUGCCAUUCGUCCCAUAGUAGCGUUCAUGGCCAUCGAUGGAGCGGAAGAGGGUGCCAUUGGCGGUAUGAUAAACCCAGAAGAAGCGGCUGGACCUGAUGAACCGUAAGGGUUGGACAGAUCUCCUUAGCUAAUUCAGCGCACUGUAGAACAAGAAAAAAACUAACCAAAAUUAUACAAAUGAAACAUAUUUGAUUGCAUAUGAACCGAAUGCUGUUCGCAAACUUCUAAAUGCUGUGCUGGAUCGAGAGAAGUCUAUUUCAAACAGAACCCACAUGCUUUGAGGUAUAAUCUAUGUUUAACAUUUUAAUCACUACUCAACUCAACUAUUAAAUAUCGUUUGACGAAUUUCAUAUUUUGGUUUUGUUAUAUAACUUUGAAACUUUAUUUCAAGACAUUUUUUCACUUUACUCAAGAACUUGACCACAAUAUAGUGCUCAAUAUCAACUUUCAUAGGUUUGUAAUAUUAUCAACGUUUCAGUAGUUUAUUAUCCAAUUACGUAUCAGCAUUUUUUUUAUUAAUCAACAAGUAACCAUACAGAUAGAGAACUGCAAACACAAUAAAAAUAAACAUCCUCCUUGAUUGUCCUCCAUCUUUAAAAUAUUUUUUACAAGUCUUAUCAAUAAAAAAAAGUCAAAUUGUAAUAAAUUACAUAUUUAUGUUGCUAGUGUAAACAUGCACAA